GUUACCAAGGCCAGAAGCCGAGCCCAGAAGCCAAGCCCAGGCCAGCGGCGAUUGGCAGCCACUUGAAGACACCAAGCUCCUUAUCUCGAGACAUUUUUAUCUUCUGCUCCCUGUGCCUGGAAACCUAUCACUUUCCUAUCAUUGCCUGUUUGCAUCAUAAAAGGACUUUAAAUGUCUUUGGUACAAGAAGAGGACUUUGCAAAGAGUGAUAAAGCUGCCAGAGUCAUUCAGAAGGCCUGGAAAAGGUUUCUUAAUAUCACUAUUUUCAAAUACUUUAAAAGUCUGAUUAAUAUAAGAAGACAAGGGGAACCACGUCAGAUAAUAAGAUGCAUUAAUCCUAGAGAGGCAGAGCUUCUAGAUGCUGCAGCUGGCAUUCAUGUACGGUUCAGAUUUGGUGGUGUUAAAUUUCCGCCUGACAUAUACUAUAAAAUUUUUACUGAAAGACAUGUUGAAGAUCUGUGUGCUAAUAGCCCUAGAGAUUACACAAAACUUGCAGCAAAAUAUGCAUCUCAUAUUAGAAGUGAUAAUCUUCAGAAACAGGAUCGUAGAGGCUGGUAUCAUCGUAUAGAGAACAAUGGCUGGAGGCUUGUUUCUGAUAGAUUUUUGGUGUCUACUGAAGAUGUAAUUAUAGAAGACAAAAAGGAAACCAAAUUUCAUUUCUCUAAACUAAAAAGAAGACAAGAUAUAGAAAAAAAGAGAAAAAUUAGAAAAAUAGAAUGGAUGAGGCAAAUGUACCAUUCAGGACACCUGGAGGCUAAGUCAACAAAUCUAAAAACUCUAGGCUUAAUUAACAGAGCAUCAAAGGGGCUAAUGCAAUCUAUUGAAGAUGGUGGAAUAGAUUCUGUGAUGGAAUGGGAAGUGGAUGAAGUGCUGAAUUGGACAAAUACACUGAACUUCGAUGAGUAUGUUGCCAACUGGAAGGAAAUUGCUACAAGCGACUCUUCAGUUAACUUCAAAAGUUCCAGGUUUGAACAACAACAGAAAAGUACAUAUGACCAUGCAGCAAUAUCAGAGGGCAUGGGAACAUCAGAAAAUACUUCAGAUGGAAAUACUUCUGAAGGACCAAAUUUGACUAGACUAACACCUAAUUCCCCUUAUGAAACAUAAAUGUACUCUUUUCUUUUUUGAGCUAUAGCCCUUCACACCCUGAUUACAUUAGCUAUAGUUACUAGUAAGAGAUAGGUUAUUCUGACUACAAUGACAUAUAUUCUUGGCAUAGAGCCUACCCAAUUAAGGAAGAGUAAAUAGAAAUAAAACAUUGGACUGGGUAGAAAAUACAGAAAUUACUUUUGGUACUCUGAAAACUAUAAUAUUCUUACCAUCACAAAUAAAUAUACUUAGG